CUUGGAGAGAAUAACUUACAAGUCCAGUAAUUAAUGGCAAAUACAGAGAUGUCUCCAGGAAGCUCCAUGCAUGGAGUCUCAGCUAAGGAACAAACCUUUGCUUUCUCAGUCACCAACCCAGAUGUCCCAACAGACACCACUGCAAAAUUCUCUCUCCCAGUGGACUCAGAACACAAAGCCAAAGUAUUCAACCUUUUCUCCUUAGCCAACCCACACAUGACAACUUUUCAUCUUUCUUGGUUCUCCUUCUUCACUUGCUUUGUCUCCACAUUUGCUGCAGCUCCUUUAGUUCCCAUCAUCAGAGACAACCUAAACCUCACAAAAAAAGACAUAGGCAAUGCCGGGAUAGCUUCAGUCUCCGGCAGCAUAUUUUCAAGGCUUGCAAUGGGUGCAGCCUGUGACUUAUUAGGUCCUCGUUAUGCUUGUGCCUUUCUCCUGAUGCUUUCUGCGCCAACUGUGUUUUGCAUGUCGUUUGUGUCAUCUGCUGGAGGAUAUAUAGCUGUUCGAUUCAUGAUUGGAUUUUCUUUAGCAACUUUUGUUUCAUGCCAAUUUUGGAUGAGUACUAUGUUUAAUGGGAAGAUUAUUGGGGUUGUAAAUGGAACUGCUGCUGGGUGGGGGAAUAUGGGAGGUGGAGCUACGCAGUUGCUUAUGCCUUUGCUUUAUGAGUUGAUUAAGAGAGCUGGGGCUACUCCUUUUACUGCUUGGAGGAUUGCUUUCUUUAUUCCUGGAUGGUUGCAUGUGAUUAUGGGAAUUUUUGUUUUAUGUUUAGGCCAAGAUUUGCCUGAUGGGAACCUCACCACUUUGCAGAAGAAGGGAGAUGUUCACAAGGAUCACUUCUCUAAGGUUCUUUGGUAUGCUGUGACGAACUACAGAACAUGGAUUUUUUUCCUUCUCUACGGCAUGUCGUUAGGUGUGGAACUCACCACUGAUAACGUUAUCGCCGAAUAUUUCUUUGACAGGUUUAACCUGAAGCUUCGGACAGCCGGCACCAUAGCUGCCACCUUUGGAAUGGCCAAUAUAUUUGCUCGUCCCGCCGGCGGUCUCUUGUCAGACUUGGCAGCGCGCCGUUUCGGCAUGCGCGGCCGCCUCUGGAACCUUUACAUCCUUCAAACACUUGGAGGCAUAUUCUGCAUCUGCCUUGGCAGAGCAAACUCCCUUUCUAUCUCCGUUCUGUUCAUGAUUCUCUUCUCUAUAGGUGCCCAAGCCGCUUGUGGCGCCACCUUUGGCAUCAUACCCUUCAUCUCUCGUCGUUCUCUCGGUAUCAUCUCCGGCCUCACCGGUGCAGGUGGCAAUUUCGGGUCUGGAUUGACGCAAUUACUGUUUUUCACGAGCUCGAGAUACUCCACUGCAACUGGGUUAUCUCUGAUGGGUAUAAUGAUCGUUGCUUGUACGUUACCUGUGUCGCUUGUUCAUUUCCCGCAGUGGGGUAGCAUGUUCUUGCCUGCAACAAAGAAUGAAGAGAAGUGCAGCGAAGAGUAUUAUUAUGGGUUGGAGUGGAAUAAAGAGGAGAAGGAGAAAGGGUUGCAUCAAGGAAGCCUGAAGUUCGCAGAGAAUAGCCAGUCGGAGAGGGGACGGCGGGCAGUUUCUUCAGUUACACAACCUAGUUCUCCACCUGGUAAUGUGUAGAGGUUGAAUUUAGCUUGUGUUGUGUGCUACUAUGCUUGUUUCCUUGCAGUUGGAUAGGCCUGAUAUGAGGAAAUCCAUAGAAGGAACAGGCAUGAAGGGGAUUUGUUAAUGGACUCGGCCCAUGAACAAAUUAAGAUUGUAAAAUGCCUUAUAAACUUCAGAAAUUCUUCUACCAUAUUCAUACUCAGCUACCCAAUAACCCAAAUGAAUCUAUGGAGCAAACAGAUAAGCUAAUAUUAGCUGUUGUAAUAAUCGGUAGUUAUUUUAAUAAUU